CUCACUCAAAAGUGAAAUAUCUUUCAAAUAAUUUAAUUUAUUUAUUUAUUUCCAAAAAAUGGCAUUUAUUCAUUUAAUUUAUUUCUACAUCGCGCUUUUAUCAUUUUUAAUUAAUCCCAAAGAAGUUAUCCUCGACAAUGGUGGCCGCGACUCAGACAUACCUUUGCCGUUUGCCACUUCAUCGUCCCCAGCAAUUAGUGCUGUUCUUCUUGAAUGCCCGAAUGUCCAGAGGCGGGCAACAGCAUCAGCGGCAAUGGAUACUUCCCGUCCAGACUGCGAAAGACAAAUGAUGGUCCACAUCCGAGUUAGUCCAAGUUUUCAAGUCGAAACAUUGGACAAAUUCCUGCUGCUUGACGAAGUUUAUGACCAAAAGAGGAAAACUCGAGCAAAGCUAAUGUCACCCUAUUUAAUUGAGAUUAGUCGGGGGGAGCCGGUUGUAAUGUAUCCUUUGCAAUUUGCCAAGUCAAUAAGAUGUGACACAUGUGGACAUAAAAAUGGCAACAACACAAACACCAGUCAGGGAAAUUGUGAACAUCCCGUCGAUGCUACCAUCAGCAACCCCCUGCCUACCUCGGCCUUGCAUUCAGGAGGAACACCCGUUUCAGGAAUUCACGUAUCUCGAAGUGUUCAACAGGAGAAGGUGCCCAGGGAACAACACCAUCACCACCAGGAGCAUCACCAACAACAACAACAAAACACCAAUGAAGCUCCAAUGGGAAACGGGCAUAAUCCUACUGCUGCUUCUGCCGGUCCGAGGCCAUCCGAGAAAAUCGAAUCACGGCAAAAACUCGCUAUCGGAAUAUUGGAUUCAUCCCAUUUUGGUGGCGAGGCAAACAAACAAUUCAGCAGUCCCGUUGUCGAUCCGAAGGGAUUUUCUUCUAAGGACAUUCAGCUGCGGGCCCAGGAUGAGGUUAAUAUGAUGAUGGUAUAUGAUGAUGUCGAUGUCGAUGAGUAUGAUGAACUCAAUUUGAACGAUGAUGAUGCUGCUGCUGCUGCUGCUUCUGCCUUUGGUAGUGCAGAGAACUCUGGCCAAAAUACACUUCGUGAUAAACGACUCAAAACGCGACCCUCUUUGUCUUCAUCGAAUUCGGGUGAUGUGUUAUUCCGGCGGAAUGGGGAACUUUUUCGUGAAACUGAACGUCAAGGCGCACAACAGGCUCGCAUGGAAACGCUUCGAGCUUUCACCAGGAAACAUGUUCAUGUACAACCCCUUGGCAAUGAUGUUGGCACAUCUGGGCCAGCUCCUGUUGAUGGAUAUAGAGCCACAGCCAGGAGUUGGGUUAAUGUAGGAAAACCACAUGUCGUUGGCAUACAAGAGGAUUGCAUUAGGCCACAGGGAGCGUUUGAUGCUGAUGAAAUUGACGAUGUUGAAACUGAUGUUGGUGGGAAAGUUGUUCGAAGUAGCAGCAGUAGCGGCGGUGGUGAUGGGAGACAAGAGCUGGAUCCUCGGUUACAGUUGAAGAGUUUUUUGUAUAAAAACGGACAUCAAAUGGAUGGGGCAGAGAUGGAAAAUUUACAAAUUGAUGGAACCCAGCAAAAGAGUCAACCACGAAGGCCUGUCAAUAAACCGUUGAAAACAAGUACCAGUGCACAUAAAGGAUCACUUUCAAAUCAAAAGAACUCAAACAGCAAUUCUAAUCGUGAAAAAGAAAAUGCACUUCUUUUGGCUUCAUUGAAAUCGGUUCCAGGAAGUCAUGGUCCCUUGCAAAAGGAAUUACAACAACAACAAAAACUCCGUCUCCAGAAGCCCGAUGACAUCAAAAACGCCGCCGCCGCCGUUGUCGUCGUCUCACCAAAUACAAAAUUUCCAUUCAGCAGCACUGAUGGCGAUGACUCCUCCGACACUCAACGAUUCGAUGCCAAUGGCAGCGACGCCGAUGAAGAUGAUGGCGGUGGUGGUGAAGACUACUACGACAGAAUAGAUGCUUCUGUUCGCGAUUCCUCGGUAAUCGAAUCGAAGGGUAAUAUUACUACAAGUCCUGAUCAUAUCGACACUGUGGCUGGGGGAAUGGGCGAUGAAUUCUACUGGAACACCCUGCACUAUCCUAGUGCAAAACACAAAGGAGUCGAUGCGUCGUCGUCGUUUCAUGAUGAUGGUUUAAAGAUCAGUGCUUCUGACAGGGGUGGCAAAUUCCAUGAAUCCUUGGAUCAUAAUGUACCCAGGAAAUUGAGCAAUAACGUUAAAGCAAAUGGUAGGGAUGGUAGCAACAACAAAGAGUCUGGUGGAGCUGUCAAAAUCCAUUUGGAGAGAAACUACAAUGACCGCCAAACUGCCUCCGCACGCAGAACUUCAUCUAAGAAAAGUCCUGACACCACUACCGCACCCGAUAAGGAUAAGCAAGGAGUGGGAGCAUCAUCAAAGCAUCCCAUUAAGAGACUUGGCAGUAAGGUAAGGCGUGAAAAGUUUUCCGAUAAAUCAGCCAUGGCCAGGAAUAGAAUGAAGAUUCGAAGUAGUGAUGCCGUCGCUUGGACUGGCAGCAAUGGUGGUGGUGGAGUUGUUGAGACUUCUGGCAUGUACACUGCCAAAGACGGUGUAGUUCCGGCAUUUCCUCUAAAUGGAUACCCCGGAUACCUUGAUGGAAAAGCAUCAUCCGAAUAUAUUCCUCCCGAACACUCCAAAUCCCAAUACAGACUAUUGGAAAAUGAGCCACAAGAAUAUCUGCCACAUCAACCACCUUAUGCCAAAGAAUUAGCCGAUCCUGAUUUGACAGUAAAUGAUAAAAUCAACUUGCUCGAAGUUUUAGCCGAUCAUGAUGAUGCUAAAGAUGAAAUUCUGCGAAAUCUCGAGAACGAACUUGAUAGUUCGGUUAUCAUUCACGAUAUUACCAAUCAUGAUCGUAUGCCGAUGCCUUCUGGAAGAUUAUCACGAAAUGGCAAAAAGAAAAACAUUAAAAAGCGAAGCUAUUUGACUUAUGAUGAUUUGACUAUGCGUGAUACUGAUGAGCAAUAUGAUGACAUGGAUAUGAGACAACCUAUUGAUGUCCCACUGUUUGAUGAAGAGAGAAUUUCAAAAGUUGAGAAAUGUCAUUCGUGUUCGGGUAAUAAAUGUCCAGCUAAAAGAAACGAUGGUGAAAGUUGUACUUGUGAUAGAAAAGGUCGUCAUUGUGAAUGUAGUCAGAAGUCGGAAAAGAAAAUAAGAUCAGUUUCGGAUGCUUGGUAUUCAGUAUUCAAUAUGAGUGCGCCCUUGCAGUUCCUCACUACCCGAGUAGGGAUAUAUCGAAAACACCAUGGAACUUGGUGGAAGACUGCCCCAUCAAUAACUCUAACGAGUUUAUCGGGGAUCUAUGCCAGCGAGAAUCUCUCGAUUUUGUUCUCGUCCCAUGUCGACAUAUUUCAACUUAGACGCCCACUCACUUUGCAAAAUCACAAACUUCUCAUACCCCAUUCCAUUGAUUCUGAUGAUGCUCCUGCUGAUGCAGUUGAUGAAGUCAAAGCGAAACAUCGAAAUCUCUACGAGUCCAUAAAUCCAAAAGAUGUCCUUGCCAUCGAUAGCUCCAAGUUCGAUAUCAAUAAAAUUCACGACGACUCUGACACAAACAACAAAGAGGACGACCAAAGCAAUGGGGCUUCUGUUGCUGCCAAAAGAACUCUUUGUCAUGCUACAAGUGCAUCAGAACGCCAACGAAAGCAACGCAGCAGCAGCAAUCAUUUGGUGAAUGGUGAAUCAGAGGCAGUCUUUAGUGUUGGCGAUUUGGGAUACUUUCCUGGCAACAUGAAUAUCCUGGAACAAUGCCCAUCCGAUCCAAAUCAUCUUUGUUUGAAUAUGCUUGACGAGGAGGCUCCAGGUACCAACGCAAUUUUUGUUUGUAUUUGUAUUUCAUCCUUUGCCAUCGCACUAGCCUUUACAAUUAAAAUCAAACAACCCUUUUUGAAGAACGCUCUGAUAUUCAGCGGCGAAUACAAAGUACGAAUUGCUUCCGUAAUAAGUGACGCAACAACAAAAGGUGCCCUUCAAGUUGCUGUCGUCCUUGUUAACGAGGAUUGUGUUGCUCAUGAAUUUACCAUUUGCAUAUGCAAUUGCCCAAUGACCUGCGGAGCAAAGACGACGGUUAAAAAGGAUUUGGCACCCCACAUUAGUGAAACGGUAUCCUUCCUUUUGCCAUUGGAAGAGCACAAGGAUACGAAACUUUAUUGCAAUGUUGAAGUAAAGUCACCCGAUCAAAAAGUAAUUUCAAAACGAAAAUUUAUAGUUGAACCUACAGCCCGUUGCUUGUGUAUCUGGGAUUGUGACUGCCACUGCAUCCAGGACCUUGUGUCACACAAUGACUACGACGUUUGUCAUAAGCUCACUGACUACGAGGAACAGGCAGCCGGAUUUAUCGAGGGCGGAAUACCCGACCAGGACUUGACAGGAUGGCGGUGGUUUUGGUGGCGAAUGAACUAUUAUGCAUUUAGCUUGCUGCUCUGCAUGUUGUUUCUAGGACUCCUUAAAGCCAUUCUCGGAGCGUUGUGUCUGCGGAGUUUUGAUAGAUGCGGCUAUGAUUACGUGCAACCGCUGAAGAAAUAUGACUAUGCUAGCAGAUGCCGUCGAUUUUUUAUCAACAUUGUAUUCUUUGUAGUACUGCCGUUUAUUUGUUGUUGCAAGUGUUUCACUCCGAACGAGGAGGACUUAUUGAUGGCUAGCACCGAAUGGCAGUGCUCCCUGAUACAGCACGGUUUGUAUGAAGAUAGCAGUGGUGACGGAGACAAUAACGGCGGUGGCGGUAAUGGAAAAUGGAAGAAGCCUUCUGGGCUUUACUACAUUGACGAUGAGGAUGUUGGUCAAAAUACCAACAACAACGAUAACAAUGAUGACGAGGACGACGACGAGGAAACUAUUCUCCGACUCAGUCAAAAUUUCGAAAGUAGUAGAGGAAGGGGUUCAAUAAUGGGUAUGGAAGAAAACGGUGGCAGUCCAUCAAGAGUGACGAUGAGCGAAUAUCUGUUAAGUACUUGUGAAUUUGAUGAUGGCGAAGAGGAACGUGACAGAAACUUUGUAUUGCAGGCACUGACUCAAAGUCGUGAAUCCAUCAAAAUGCUAUUAAAAUCACACCACAGCGAGGACUUGCAAUUGGAUAAUCCGCUGACGGCUAGAGCUGAGGAUCUUGUGCGGCAACUUGUUGCCGCUAAAAUAGUCUAUCGAACAUUCGAGAUGGCCUUGCAACGUGUUGAUGUUCCCCCAGGACAAAAGUAUUCAAUUCAAGGCUUUUUCGUGCCAGCAAUGGGCCCCGGCUAUCAGUUCAUUCCGACAAGUCCCUUGUUGCAGCAUCGGCGAAUCACAACAACAACAAUAUCGUCAUCGGUAGUAAGUGAAAAUACAAGCCAUAACCUAGAGCCGCCAAAUAUCCUUCGAGCAGAAUGCUUCCAAAGGACUUACAGAAGCAAAUUGGAAGUGUUGAAGGCUGGUGAUUUAUCAGUAGCACCACCAGUCGAUGCACCAUGCAUUAACAGCUCGCAUACCACUAAUGAGACUCAAUUGACAGCAGAGUCACAGGCAUUGUCACAGUCACCUCCUCCAUUUUCAUUCUCAACCCCACUACAACAAUAUUCAACACCACCUGUGGAUAAAUUGGUACCAAUAGCUAAUGACGUAGUAAGAGAACAUGGACCUGCUAUUGCUAAUGACACCAUAACUAGGAGCGACCGAGUCGAUGAUGCAAAUAAUGGAAGCAAUUUGACGGCUAAACAAAAGGAUUCACCGAGAGGCUUUUGAAUGAGCUAAGCCCAAACUAUUACCACCGCGCCAUCCUUAUGUCGGAGUAAUUAUCUCCCAUAUCGCCUGAACAACAACGAUAUGACUACCACAAGCGACAAUGAUCACGACCGACGACGAAAACGACAGACGACAACGACAACCCUUCGGGGUUGUUAGAGAGAUAAUCUCUGUUUAACGUGUGUGCAUCAGACACAGGUCCUCCUAAUAUGCGACACUUCUGUCGCCCAUCAACCUCUUUUUCUUCACCCACCUGUGUGCCAUGUGACCCGUGUUAGUUGCUGCUGCAUUUGCACACCAUGAUGACAUCAUACAGAAUAAAGUGGAUUGUGUUAAUAUGCGAGAGGAGAAAAAUUGUCAUUCUGGAACACAGUCAGACGAUGUGCAAGGAUAUAAUAUCCUGGCGUGGUUUUUGCAUCGGAAUCAAGUGGGAUUAUAUACAAGUUUUGGAAUGCGUUUUGUGUAGGCUUUUUUAAGCUGACAGGUUGUUGUGUUAUUCAUAAAUGUUCUUUUGCUAAUUUUUGUAAUAUGGUUUUUUGAUGUGUUUUAAGCUACUUUUGUUAUUUAUUUUUGAAAAUUAUAUUUAUUUUUUACUUAA